CGCGAUUCAGCGAUUCCGACGCUCCAAAACGAAAUGGAAACAUGGAAAGUACCAAGAAGCGUUUACCUGUAGUUGACAAGCCGGUUCAAUAAAUCAAUAUCAGAAAUAACUUUUCAUCCCCAUAGUAAGUAUAAUGUGACCCAAUUGUGAGUACUUGUCUUCGAAGUGCGGGAUCAAGCGUCUCAGUGGGGUUAGCUCUCUCUCCCCGACACAAUGACAUCGGACAAGGUUCUCUACAAAUUGGACCACCCCCACGGCCCCGGGAGUGUCUUCACCUCGUGGCGGCCAGGGAACAGCACUCACCUGGCCACGACAGGCUGCGACGGAGUGGUCUCCAUCUACGACAGACAGGGAGAGAUCCAGGAGCGAAUCCAAAUAAUGGGACUCUGCACUGGGUUCGGCUGGGACUCGGACGGUGACGUUCUCGCUAUGAUAGCUAGUAACUCGUCGAUGAUAACCCUGUGGGACGCCACCACUGGCAAAAAAUCACAGAUUGACGCCGGAGUGAGGGAUGGACUGACCUGCAUGAUGUGGGCGAAGCACAGUUGUCUCCUGGCUGUCGGCACCCAGAGGGGUAACUUGGCUCUUUACGAUCACAUGCACGCCAGGAGAAUUCCCAUCAUAGGAAAACACAAGAAGAGAGUUGUCUGCGGAGCUUGGUCCAACGAAGGUGUUUUGGCGCUAGCUGGCGACGACAGAAUCCUGACAAUCAGCACCGCCGAGGGUGACACACGCAAGGAGAUAGUCCUCCCCGGGGACCCCCAGGACCUCCAAUUCAACGAAAUGAAGAUGGAGCACAGGAUGAGUGGAGAAAACACAGUCUCCCUCGUUGUUGGAAGAACCCGGCUCUUCCUCUACAACAUAAAAGACCCGGAGAACCCCAUGGACCUUGGAUUCCAGAAGCUCUACGGCCCCAUCGUCACAUACAAGUGGUACGGAGACGGUUACAUUCUCCUGGGCUUCGAGGCAGGCUACCUAAUUGCCAUCUCAACGCACAUCAAAGAACUCGGUCGAGAGUUAUUCCAAAUAAAAAAUCACAGAGACUCGUUGAACGGAAUUUCCCUGAGUCUGGCUGCUGGCAAAGUAGCCACCUGUGGGGACAAUACACUAAAAAUCCACAGUAUCCAGAAUCUCGAGGAAACUGAAAAGGUAAUCGUGGUGAGUGGCGAGGCAGGUGUGAGCAGUCUCGAGUGGUCAGCAGAUGGAACCAUGCUGGCUGCUGUCACCCACAGUGGCAACGUCCUGAUCUAUCUCGCGGAGAUUCCCAAACUGAUCAGUGUCUGUGGCAACAGAAUAGCCAUUCUAUCGAGCCUAACCGAAGUUAUUGUUCACCUCUACGUCCUAGAUAAAGACAAACCCGAGCCCCAGUUGAUCCACACAAUUAUCGAACCAUCAAUCCUGGCUGUUGGCCCCCUGCAUGUGGCUGUCGCCCUGAACAACCGAGCUCUAUUCUGGAAUCUCUCAGCUGGACAGACUGACAGGGCCAUUCACUUCGAACGAGACUACCUCGCCACUGUCGACAGCAUUCGCCUCAACGAAAUUUACGCGUCUGUAUUGUUCGAUGGAAAAAUACAACUGCACACCAUCAAGACAGAUCCUGCAUUAAUCAAAGAGGGUAAGGACUCGAAAAUAUUCUCAGACUCUGGAUCCACCGAGGGGAAGAUCACGUGUCACGCUUUGUCCCCCGAUUUCCUGGUGUUUGGCACUGACAUGGGGAAGAUUGUCAACUUUUAUCUGGAGGUUUUUAACCACUCGACUGAGCUGUCCCACAGCACUGGGAUCAAACAGAUAUUCCUGGACGCCAACGGUACCAUCAUGUGCUUCAUCGACGAGAAGCAUGACGCAUACGUCUACGAUCCUGUAAACGAGAUUGUCUCCCAAGUGCCAGAACCCCCAGACGGUAUGGACGGUGUCAUCUGGGACCAGAACGUCUUCGAGAGAUUCGUAUUCGGAAUAUUCAACAGAACGACAAUCACGACUUACGUUUACACGAAGUACCACAUCGAGGGGACCAAAGUCGUGAAAAUAUCCACCACGAAAUUACCAUCGGAGACUGUUCCAGUGUUGAUGUACAGCGGGGAAGUGACCCUGGGAAUGGCUGGGGGUAAACUACUGGAGAUAACGUUGUCGUCUCACGAGGACGUUGGCAACAUCGUGGAGAACAGGAAAAUCAUCGAGAUCCUCGAGCACCAGAUCAAGUGCAAAAGGUUCCCCCAGGCCUGGAGCACCUGCGAGAUGCUGAAUGACAGAGAUUACUGGGUGAAACUGGGAAAGAGUGCUCUAGCUAAUUUAGAGAUUGAAAUGGCGAUGAGGGUUUAUCGUCACAUCAAGGAGAUUUCUAUGGUCUGGGCUCUGCAGAAGUUGGAGGACAUCGAGGAGCUUGCGUUGUUGUCAGGGCACGUAUGCACCCUUCUUGAAGAUUACAAUCAGGCUGAGAAGUUCUUCCUCCAGUCGUCUGAACCUGUUGAGGCUCUAUACCUCAGGAGGGAUUUGAUGCAGUGGGAGCAGGCACUGGCUCUAGCCCAGAAACUGAAGCCAGACGAGAUUCCCUCCAUCGCGAGGGAGUAUGCACAGCAGCUGGAGCUGACUGGCAAUUACCCAAAGGCUCUGAUAAAUUACGAGCGAGGAUUAGCAGACAGCGACAAGAUCUCCAGCCCCCAGGAGCAGAGCCACAGGAUGCAGUGCCUGGGAGGCAUCGCGAGAACGUCAAUUCGAUGUGGAGACUCUCGAAGAGGUGUCAGCAUAGCCAUGGAUCCGGACAGUCCUCGAAAUCUUCGAAGGGAGUGCGCAGAGAUUCUGGAGAUUAUGAAGCAGUUCAACGAGGCUGCCAUUCUCUACGAGAAAGCUGAAUACUUCGACAAAGCAGCUUCUGCCUACAUUAAACUAAAGAACUGGAUCAAAGUCGGGCAAUUGUUGUCGCAAAUAUCAUCACCAAAGAUCAAUAUUCAGUAUGCAAAGGCCAAGGAGUCUGAGGGGAGGUACGAGGAGGCUGCGAGGGCUUAUGAAACCGCUAAGGACUACGAUAACAUCAUCAGGAUAAACCUGGAGCACCUGAACAAUCCAGCGAGAAGCGUUGAAAUCGUUCAACAGACGAAGAGCAUCGAGGGAGCGAAGAUGGUUGCGAGGUUCUUCCAGAGGAUGAACGACUACAAUUCAGCAAUUAAAUUUUUAAUUCUCUCCAAUUGUCAUGAUGAGGCUUUUCAACUGGCGAAUCAACAUGGCAAGAUGGAACUUUAUGGGGAGAUCCUGAUCAACACUCUGGAUGAUGACAACGUGAGGCUGGAGGACUUCAGGAGCUUGGCCAUUCACUUUGAGUCUCAGAAGAAUAGUCUGCUUGCUGGGAAGUAUUAUUUCUAUGCCAAGGAGUAUCACAAAGCGUUGAGGCAUUUGCUGAAGGCCUCGCAUCUAGCUGCGAACGACGAUGAGGCUCUCUCGUUGGCGAUCGAUACAGUCGCCUCUUCGAGGGAUGAGAAAUUAUCGAGUCAGCUCAUUGAUUUCUUGCUGGGGGGCGAUGGACUACCGAAAGACCCGAAAUACCUGUUUCGACUUUAUAUGGCGAGAAAGCAGUACAGAGAGGCUGCCAAGACAGCCAUCAUCAUUGCUAAUGAGGAGCAGAUCAGCGGAAAUUACAGGAAUGCUCAUGAUGUUCUCUUUGGAAUGUAUCAGGAGCUGAAGAGGAAUAAUAUUAAUAUACCACAGGAGAUGAGGAAUAAUCUGUGUUUGUUGCACUCGUAUAUUCUUGUGAGGCUGCAUGUCAAGAGGAAUGAUCAUUUGAGGGGCGCUAGAAUGCUCAUUAGGGUUGCUAAUAAUAUAUCGAAAUUUCCAUCGCACAUUGUGCCAAUUUUAACUUCGACUGUCAUAGAGUGCCAUCGCGCUGGACUCAAACAUGCUGCUUUCAAUUUUGCCGCAAUGCUCAUGCGGCCGGAAUACAGAAUGCAGGUGGAUGCCAAGUACAGUAAGAAAAUUGAGGCCAUAGUUAGGAAGCCACCAAAGACCAGGGACCAUGAGGUCGAGGAUGAGCCAUUGACGCCUUGUCCGUACUGCAAGAAUAGAAUUCCAGAGACGGAUAUCAAUUGUGAUAAGUGUAAAAACACUAUCCCGUUUUGCAUAGCCACGGGUCGACAUGUGGUGGAGAAUGAUUUUACUUUUUGUCCUCAGUGUGAUUUCCCAGCGAUUAGAAGUGAAUUUUUGAGAAUCGUUGAGACCGAAGAGACUUGUCCAAUGUGCAAUGAGAAAGUGGAUCCAAAAAUGGUCCCCCAAAACGUGAAUAUCCGUCCAUACCUUGAUCUCCAAGAGGAUAAGAGUAGAUCUCAUAUCUAGAUAAGAAAUUUGUCUUCGUAUUUUUGAAGGUAGCCACAUUAUAAGAGUGUAAAAUGAAACAAUCCGUCCACGUCGAGAAUACCUAUAUUUUAGUACACCGUACAAAGAAGUUACAUAAUGUAAGUCACAGCAUUAGGAUUGUACAUAUCCCAGUUUCGUCCCAAAGUGCGUAAUUGAGACUUUCGUUGCGUCUGAUUUUUUGUGUUAUGAUUUUCAAGACUCGUACCUAAAGAAAAAUGUUAAGUUAAGAAGUUGAAUUUAAUUGUUUAGAGAAUUAAUUUUUCAAUUUUUCAUUCUGCUUUAUUUAAUAUUUUCAAUGGUCUCAUAGAUGAACCAACCAGUGUUCGAACCAGACCAGUAAUCGAACUAAUUGGUACUUUUUCUAUAAAAUAAAUUAGUAGAGGAUAGAGAUUCCUCGCAUUAUACAUGAAAAAUAAAAUUAUGACAUUUCCAAAUGAUAUUGUAAUGAUUGAAAAUGUCCAAGUUACAUUAUUACCAGCGGAAAAAAAAGUUUUCGAUGACACGCCGCCAAUAGCAUAUUCUUUUUGUAUUCAUAUAAUUAAUUGUAUCGUCAA